CGGCUUCCUGCGCCUUUGCGGAUGAAGUGUAGAUAGAAAUGUACAAUCUUUUUCUCUAUUCCUUCGGUACACUGCUGCAGUAACAAAUUGAAUCAGGAGUGCGAGCUCACACACCGACAACUGGGAUUGGAACUACGUCAAUUGUCUAGGCUCUAACGAAUUUUCCUUCUUCUCUUUGUAUUUAUGAACAUGGAUCCGUCGACUCUUCCUGAUUUGAUACUUUUGCGUCGCCAGUAUUUCCAACUGGUCGAACCGAUACAAUUGAGAUGGCCGGACUUCCAAGUGCUCAAGAGACCUGAAGUACAGGACUGGAUCUAUAGGAAUAUGUUUGACAGCAGCAUCGAAUCUGCACCACCGGAUCGUUAUAAGAUGAGAGUUCUAAAACCUCUGAUAUCGAAAUUGGAGAGGACAAUUGAAAACCCUGAGGAGGAUGUAUGGUCUCUACUUUCUUUGAUUUCUUCAAUUUUCUUUUUCUCUAUGAUAGGUUCAUUAUCGGUCACACUUGGUCAUUCGCAGAUCUCAAAUCUACGAAAGCACCGCCCAGGGGCAGUGAGGUUUACGCAAGUUUCAAUGCAUCACUCUUCGAUCUACAGAAGCCUGUCGGGUUUUCCGGAGUACCUACCUUUCCUCUGGUGAUUUGCUUCGUGUCGGCUCGACUUGGCCCAUCGUAACAGACUGCGUAUCAUCUCCACUGUACUGACGCUGACGACUUCUACAACAAUAGGAAAUAUCAGAUGAUCUCAUGAGUGCACUGUCCGAA